AUGGCUGAUGAAAUUGCAUCAGCAAUGGAGCAGGAAAUGGUGGAAGAACAGGCUAUAAAGUGCCCAAGGCCUUCAGCAAAGAGGCAAAGGAAAGGAUCUCCAGACGCCCGAGAAGAAACAGAUAAAGAACGCGUAGACGAUAGUCUUCUGCAAGAUGCACGUAGAAUCAAAGAAAACAUCAGGGUCUACAUGAACGCAACAGACAGGAACGUGAGUGCGAAGGUACAAAAGCACGUUAAUGGGAAAAUUCAGCAGUUAAUAGAUAUAAUGGAGACAAUAUAUGAUAAGAACUAUGAAAAAACGUUUUUAGUACAACGUGUGGUAAAGGACACAUUAGCUUCCUCUGAAAUGUAUGAUAUCAUAGUAAAUGCAUUAGUGGAAAAAGCAGUACCUAUGGUUAUCGAGGGACUCAAGUCGGAAAGUAAAACCAUACAAAGACCACUGUCAGAACCUCAGACAUCUCGGGAGUUUCCAUGCGUUAAAGAACAACCGCUAUUAGCCGAUGCCCACGCUAUUAUUGAGACCACGGAGAAGGAAUGUUUCCAGGAACGAGGGUCAAUAUCCUUGAAGACGCCAAAUAAGGAAGGCAGACCCUUCCCAAGGACCGCUGAAGAUAUAUUGGCCAAGGGAUCAUUCCGGGCCGCUGAUUUGGGUAAAGCCAUUCGUUGGGACAUAACGACCAGGGAACCUAACUCAUUGACCGCCACCGCAAACUGUUCACAGGUGCUUCCUCCAGUCAGCCCUGACAGUCAGGCAAUCGAUGAACGGAUUUGGUUGCGGUUUGGAACCGUUGGUAUAUCUCGACCACACAUCAGCCGGUUUGUCCACUACCUUUUAUCUAUUCACCUUCCAUAG